AUGGACUGUCACAAGCAGCGCGAAGCACAUGCCACGCGCGAAAACAAAAAGGCAGGGCUUUUCCUUUCGUUCUGUUUCAACUGCUUCAGACGACACCGACAGCACCCACGCAGAAGACAACACACUCAUCUCCCCAUACGAUAUCCACCAUGGAGUCCAUCACCAACCCACAAUACGACGAGCGUCACUACGCCCUCUUCCCCCCCAACUCCGCCAAACCCUCGGCAGAACCCACGAGUCCCUCCAGGCGGCUUCCUCUCCGAGCCAAACAAUUGGCCAGUCGCUGCGAAGGGCUUCAAGCUCUACACGUGGGAGCAUGGUUUCCGGCCCCCGCGGGCAGACCCCAAGACCGGUAUCUCACCACACCCAAAGUCCGUCGACGACGUGUGGAAGAUGGGCCCAGCGCAACUCCCUAAGCUCCAAGAGGAGGACACCUGGGAGCACGAGGCGGGCAUGAUGAAGAUCGACAUGUGGAGAGAGACUUGGGAACAUCUCCUCGAGUGCGUCGUCCUGAUGGCGUCCUACAGAGCUCAGCUAAUACACCUCUCUAGUCCCAAGUCCAAGUGCACAGUGCGCGAUGGAUGGUGCGUGAAUGCGGCUUGCCGGCCAGGCUGGAAACUGCAGCGUCCGUCAGACCAUCCAGUCUACCAGAAGAAGGAUGACGGGGAGGGUUCAGACUCUGGAAACAAGGUAGACCAACACUGCGCACAUGCCGGUACCGUUCGCUGACCUGCUCUGCAACAGAAGAAGCCGGCCCCUUCCAGAGGUAGAAAGCGCGGCGCUGCUGCAAUGGCCAGCGGUGAGACGCCCGCUAAGAAGGUGAGUCCCCGGCGAUGUUCGUACAGGAUGUGAAGUCUUGCUAAGUUUGAGCAGACCAAGACCGCGACGUCGACCAAGUCCACUGCGUCUAAGCGCAAAGAGGCAGAAGCUGGCAAGGGCAAGGGCAAGGAAGCAAUUGUCUCGGGACAGGAGAUUGAUCCUAGGGAUACCGGUAGCUUGUGA